CCUUCUGGACAAAACAUCUUGUUUUUCUUCUCAGACUGAAAAGAGAGUUUUUUAAACUUUUGUCUCAAGAGAAAAUAAACAUGAGUCACGUCGACGUGAAAAACCUGAAGCCCUCCACCUUCGAGGACGAAUAUUACGACCAAUAUGAAUAUUAUAACUUAACCGAUAAAUACACAGAAGGCUCGGCCCGUAAAGGCAGAACAAAGAAGGAGGCCAGCGACAACACCAACAGACACAGCCCGUCCGGACACGAACGCAAGAUCGUGGAGAAGCUCCAGAACAUGGAGAAGAAGGCCAAGGAGUGAAUACAGGGCGACUCGGACGGCUCAUCCCGGACACCGACCACGGCCUCCAUGGCGACAGAACGAGACGUAGAGACGGUGGAAGCGUCCUGAAGCUCCGACGGGGCGAAGGUUCGAUCCCCGACCUGAGGAGGAGCCCACAGAUCCAGAAGCUCCAGUGAGGAAGAUCUCCUUCACAGCAGCAGACUGUGGCUCCUCCCCCUGCUGGUGGUUGUAGAGAGCUCACCUGUGGUGUACCUGGUCCCUGCUCAGACCACCAGGGUGCAACAUGUGAUUGUGGUGGAGCUGGCAGUAUUGUGAUUUCAUUGGAUUUUUAAGGUGUUUUUACUAUUAAAAGUCUUCUUUAAUGA